ACGAAAAAAUGCGGGCACAGCAGGGAGGAGAGGCUGGUCAGGCGAGCCAAAUCAACGGCUGUAAUCUUGCUGGUGGUACGAAUCCCGAUGCGUCCGCCGAGGCAAAGAACUCGUCGGCGCUGGCAAUGUCGGCAGCCGAUGGUUUCUACGAGAAGCUCUCCAAGUUCCACGAGUCUUCAGGACUCAGUCUCGCCUUUGAUUUCCGGGAAACGAGUGUGGACUUGUAUAUGUUAUACAAAGAAGUGACUGAAAGAGGAGGAUAUCAUCUGGUGACUAAAGAUGGGGGAUGGGGUGAACUUUCACCUACCUUGAAGUCGAAAGGAAAAAUUUUACCGUCACCAACUCAACUUCGAAAGCUUUAUGCAAGCCUCCUUUACCAGUUUGAGCAAAUAUAUUAUUACCGGUCUCCUUCAAAAGUUUUUCCUGAUUCAGGUCACCCUGGGAUUCGAGAUGACCCAAAUAUCACUGGGAAGCGGAAGCAUUGUGACAAAUAUCUUCCAGUAAUGCUUCCUGCAGUUGAGAGUGGCCCAGCCACAAAAAGGAAAUGUAAUGACAAUUCUAACAGAUUGUCAACAGGGCCCGAGUCAGCAGAAAAGAAACUGGCCGUCCAAACAUUGCCAAAAUCAGGGCCUGACCCAGCAGGAAAGAAGCUGGUCAUGCAAGCAUCACCAAAAGCUCCAGAAACGAGGAAAGAUCCAAAUGCUCCACUAGGAUCAAGAUCUGCAUAUCAGAUCUUCCUCAGAAAGGAAUGUGAACGCCUGAAAAAGAUCCAUGGUGAGAGCUCAGGAAGCCACAACUUCCGGGACAUGGCAGUAGAUGCAUGGAAGUCUCUCUCUCAGAUUGAUCGACAGCCAUAUUUUGAAGAAAGUAGGAAGGACAAGGAAAGAUUCAAGAGGGAGUUGUCAGCUUACAAGGAGCAAAAGCAGAUGCUAGAGACUAAGACCAAAAGUCUCCCUCGCAGUUCAAAACCAGUUGCCAAUAACCACAAGAUGCUAUGGCCAGCAGAUGAUGACUACCAUGUGGCUUUGCAAUCUGAUUCUGAUAACUUUCAGGUGCCAGAUGAAUCCGCAGUUGAAGUAGCCUUUAACUUGAUGAAGAAUGCUCAAGAAAAUGAUGCCACAUUUCAGAUUAACUGGGAUGAGUACUGUGGCUCGCUGGAUAUAAUACCCAGUUAAAAGGAUCGCACAUCCAGAGUUUCCCGAAACAGGUUUUGUUUUGUGAAGUGCAUAGAGCCAGGGAGUAGUACCUACCUACUGGGUGUCCCUGCAAGGUAUGUUGCAUACCUUAGCAGUUUCUUUCUUUCUUUUCUUCUGCAUAGCUACCCUUCCCUGAGUUUUUGUACAGUUUAACUGUAUUAUAUAAUACUUGAGAUCUGCAUGCCUCUGUGCAAGGUGUUUGUGCUUAUGGUUUGGGCAGAAUGGACUCAAAAUAGUGUUCUAACUAAUGCAUGGUGAUGUGGAACCCUUCUCCUUAAAAAAGUUUAAAUUUUGUUCUUUUCAUAUGCAUUCUAAUAGUGCGUGAAAUCAUCAACCAUUGUUUGAAAUUCUCAGUCGUGGCUUAGAACAAAUCUUCCCUGGACGGUGGACAUUUAACUCUGCAUUGUUUCUCUUAGUAACUCCCCUUUUUUAUUUCAUUAAUUUUCAGUUAUUUUGACCUCCUUGAAUAUUGAAUCUUCAGUGAUGUUUUUUUUUUUUUUUUUAUCUUUUUAACUUUCUACUGUAAUAAAAAAUAAAAUAAGUUACAUUUUUAUAUUUUUUAACGUUAUUUUCAUCUUCUUGUUGCACUCGAGGGCUAAUCUCUGUCCGGUCCGAGCAAACUUUUGCACACCUCCGUUACCUUUUGAGAGGCCCACCCCCCAUAAAAACUGUCUACUUGAUACCAACGCUUGCCCCAUUAUUCAUGAUAAUUAUAAUUUACUGAACAAAUUUUCAUCUUUAUAACUACUCUAAUUCACUAUAAUAUAUUCUAACUCAUUAGAAAGGGUAGCAAAGACACGUGGAUACGGUCCUAUAUCAUGUGCAUCACUCAAAGCAGAGUGGCAGAUAAGAGAGAUGAGCACAGCCUCAUCCGCCACCGCCACCGCCACCGCCACCGCCGAGCUGUCUU